GGACGCCAAGAAGAUUAUUUGGUCAAAGAUUGUACCAGCGCGAGAAGCAUGGACGCCAGCGGGUCGACGACCUUCUUCGCCGCCCUGCACGACAGCGACGACGUGCUCGUUCUGCUCGUCAUCUGCGCUUCCGCCGUCGUAGGCCUGGCCAUCGUUCUCUGCUUCGUCUCGCGCUUCUGCGUCUGCCUCGGUGACUGCUGCGAGUGCCUCCGCCGGUGCCUCUGCCAGCCCAAGAAGCCGCACGCUGCCCGCGUCUCGCUCUUCGUGCACCAGCAGCGGCGAAGCGUGCGCGAUGUAGACGCCGACUUUAUGGAGCCCUUCCUCGGGCCGCCCGCCUACGAGCAGCCCUACGACGAACUUAGCCCGCCGUCCUAUCGCAAUUUGCCGUCGGCGCCUCCGCUCUCGCCUUAGCGAUGCGAUCCAUCAUCAUGUCACGUGGUCGUAAUGAAGUAUUCAUUUUAUGACGCUGUCGA